CAACAAUGGAGACUCCACUUCCAGAGCCCAAGGCCUAUGAUGGCAAUUGCCAUUGCGGGGGAUUCAAAUUCACCGUCAAAAUGCCCUCGAAGCCCUACCACACCUGUAAUUGCAGCGUGUGUCAAAAGAAAGGAAUUAUAGGGAUGUGGCCUAUCGAAGACGAGGACAUCACUAUGCAUCAAGGCAAAGGCACCUUGACAGAAUAUCAAUUCGGGCGCAAAUACCUCACACAUCUCUUCUGUCCCAAAUGCGGCUCAUCGGUCAUGGGGCGCACGAAUAAGGGCGAGACCAAAAACGGUAUCAAUAUCCGAAUGCUCAAAAACUUCCAUGAAUAUUUUGAAGCCAAUAAGCACGACAAUCCUCCUGUGAAUUUCGCCGCCGUCGAGCCGCAAUAUAAGGCGCCGCCUUUCCCAUCUCACCCAGACGCCGAUAACCUGCAACCGGAUCAGAAAAUCUGCAAUGGUAAUUGCCACUGUGGUGCUGUUGCGUAUGCUGUGAAGACGAAGCCGCUAGAGGAACAGAAGGUUAUGUCUUGUAAUUGUAGUCUUUGCUCACGUAACGGCGAUCUCUGGAUCUAUCCACCAAAAUCCGCAGUCAUUAUCCAGGGCGCAGAAAAUCUAACAGACUACAAAUUCCUGUCCGAAGAUUCGCUGCAUUCUUUCUGCAAGAUAUGCGGAGUCUCGGUAUGUGUUAAGGUAGAGGAUGGAGAGGAGGAUCCGGUCAUGCCGAUUAAUGUCCGGACUAUGGACGGCGUUGAUAUUUCUACUUUGACCUUGCAGAAGUAUGAUGGUGCGAAGAAUGAUCCAAAGUACGAGGUUUGAGGGACACAAAGUAAGACAAAUACACGCAACAAUAUCGGAGAGACGCAAUCAAAUAUCCUUCCCCAAAGUUCUAACUGGGGUUACAGUUCAAGUGACGAGACGUGCAAAGUGCAUGUCAAGUGCAUGCAAUUACGGUGCUCUACAGCAAGUAAUCUCGUGUUCAGUACGAAGCUCAUUCCAAGCCGGCUCGCGAUCCAUGCAUGCAAUGCUUGAAAUGGUGCAACCCUCCAUAUCUACACCCAUUUUCCACACCUCAUUCUACAUCAAAGCCUCAAACCAUCUCUUACAGUAAAACAGUAAACAGCGCAAACCCCGCCAUAACAGCC